UUCAAUCUAUCAAGAAUCAAUCAGAAGGGUGGGUUAUACACUUAUAUCCUUCAAUGCUCCAAAAUGGAAUUUUGCUGAAAUUAGGAUUUUCAGAAAAUGGUGAAGCUAAAUGUACGGUGGCAGCGAGAAGUGAUGAUCAUCUUUUGCUACUUAUUCAAGCUAUGUACAUGAAUCUGCCUUGCGGGUUUGCUAUUAUUUCAGAGCGAACAAGAUUAAUACAAAACGAAAAGUUGGAUUCAGAUAAAAAAUUAGCGGCUGCUAAAUCUUUAGAAAGCGAAAUGUUGAUCUUAAGGAAAAUUUUAGGAGAGCAUGGCGAGAAAUGUCCUGACGACAUUGAUAAAUGUCUAGUUCGCUGCAAUAAUCAUGUUAAUAAUAUGAUAUAUCAACUCAUAGAUCAAGAGGACAUAACUGACAAGAUUAUAUCACAGUUAACAAUAUGAAAAUUAUAUCCUCGCCGAACUUCUGAAGGCUCUGAAAUGUCGAAUUUUACGAAGAUUACCGAUAAACUUAAUCCCAAUACAGAAGUUGGUCCGAGCAAACGAAAACAUUUUGUGGCCAUGCUGAACGGAAGUCCAAGACCGAGGCAUCAUCCACGUAGGAAACUCUUUAUAACUGAUAAUAAUUAAAAAUAAACGACAAUUAGCAUUUGGGAAUAUAUAUUUUUUAAAGAUAUAUCGAAAAUUUAUAUGAAUUUUUUUAGAAGAAAUCAAUAUAUGGAAGAACGAAACUUACGAAUAAAGAAAGUAAAUCUGCUUAUUUCAAUGUAUCUGUAUUA